UGCGAAUCAAUCCGGGAUGUUCUCUCCCUCGCGGCGACAUGCCGUCGACUCCACCACAUCUAGCAGGCCGGCGCGGCAAACGUGCUUUGGCUCGCCUCCCUACGCAAGGACCCUGAAUUUGAUGACGCCCUGAUCGCCUCUCGUCUCACCACCCUGGUUCAUCAGGCCGAGGCCCGAGGUGAGCUGCCACCCAAGGCUUUGUCGCCAGCAGACUUUAGUGGCCACCGCAAAGUUCCAACGGUCACGGAAAUCAAGUCGGCUACUGCUUUCAGCCGUCUCGUGGACGUCCUGACCAUCUGGGUCAGUUCCCUGGAUAUAGACGUUCCCAAUGACAGACUCGGCGGACGCUUCGAGACAGAUGAUCAGCGUGGCUGGGGAAUAGAGGAUUCCGCCCGCAUGCCUGAAUGGGAAGCCCGGGUUCAUAAGGCGCUGUACAGGCUUUUUACAUGUGCAGCAGCACUGGCUGGAGCGUACAACGAGCCGGUUUUCCAGGCCAAGGCAAGCGGUGACCCGGUCAUCAAAAACCUCGUGCACCGUUUUCACGACGAAGACGACAGGGUCCUCGGGCUGCCCGACCAUGAGCUCGACUUUCUCAAGCGCUUCGCGGUCUGCAACCCGCAAGAAUCACCCGAGGCCGAAGAGGCCGUCUUUGGUCCAUUCUGUGACUGGCUUCUUCACAGCAUCCUGUCCGACUCCGAGUCGAGGCAGGCGUAUGCGGAUCGGUUUGAGAAGGGCUUUGGCAGGGCUCUUUGCUGCUCGAACAUUAGCGGUUCUGAACCAUGUCCGUACCCAAAGGAGUUGACCCGAGGCGAAGGCAGCCACGCAGAUGCCCAUCUCUUGGUGUGGGAAAUCACCAAAAUGAUCUGGCUGGACCACCACUUCGCCGAGUUGGUUUUUUCUCCGUGGUCUCCUUGUCAAUGCCACCCUGUGGGACGCAUCUGCGAGAUUGAAGCCCCUCGCGAAAAGGCCGUUGCUGUCUAUUUUGGGACGUUCAGGGCCGAAGACACAGCCAUGGCUGAAUCAACAGACGUGCAAGAUUACCACGGUGUUGCUUCCGACUUUGCCGUCCCGCAGGAAGGGGAUUAUGUUGGUCGCGAUAAUAACUAUCUUUACGCGGAGGACAGGUUCAGAUUCUCUCCUCGCAAAAACACAAAGCCUGGCGUCGCGCUCUUUAUCCAUCAGAUAUCCAAGUUCAGCGGCGAAGCAGGCAUGUCUUUGAGAUUCAAACCUCUCGACUUUUUUAUUCGACGCAGUACAGGACUUCGAAUGGCAGGCGGUACGAAGACCUUGUUUGGAACUUUGCAACAUUCGCCCAUGAUGAUGUUGAGGGUCGUGAAUUGAUUCUCGACACCAUUGAUUCGGGGUUCAACGAUGGCUCAGAGUGCUUUGGCAGUGGUAGUUGGUAGACUUGUUCAAUAGUACUUUGUUUAGUCCCUGCGGCGAUGGAUCAGAAAAAUUGCCUAUGGAUCUGAAAAUGAGUUCGGCGACUG